UGGAGAGAGAUGAUAAUCGGAUAGUAGUAGUUUAAACUUUAAAGGUUAUAGUUGAGUUUGGUGAAAUGCAUAUGAAUUGUUUGCUCCAGCAAAAAGGCCAAAGGGUGAAGAAUCCCAAGUAACGUGAAAUGCAAAGCGUCCAAUGUACCUGGACAUGCUCUGAUGUGCAAAGAGAAAUGCUGCGCCCAUUUACAUCUUCCUGUUCUUGGCUAAAGCCUAAUAAUACUAGAAAUAUUGUUUCUCUCUUCAAGAAUAAGAAUCAGAUUCCCAGAAACUUUGCUGCUCCUGCUUCUUCUCCUUGUUCAGUAGGAAUACGUGCGAUUUCCACUCUUACCCCUGAGCCUGAUAUGGAGGUUUCGCACAACGCCCAGCGCCCCCUUCAGCAGGUUGCAAGGCGUUUGGAGAAGUUUAAAACCACCAUUUUCACACAAAUGAGCCAACUUGCUAUCAAACAUGGAGCAAUCAACCUUGGCCAAGGAUUUCCCAAUUUUGAUGGGCCUGAAUUUGUGAAAACAGCUGCUAUUGAAGCCAUUAGUGACAGUAAAAACCAGUAUGCUCGAGGUUAUGGAGUCCCUGACCUCAACUCUGCUGUGGCUGAGAGAUUUAAGAAAGACACUGGACUUGCAGUUGAUCCUGAAAAGGAAGUAACUGUCACCUCAGGUUGCACAGAGGCCAUUGCUGCAACCAUGUUGGGGUUGAUAAAUCCUGGGGAUGAGGUCAUCCUCUUUGCCCCGUUCUAUGACUCCUAUGAAGCUACUCUUUCUAUGGCUGGUGCGAAAGUUAAAGGCAUCACUUUGCGGCCACCAGACUUUGCAGUUCCUCUUGAUGAGCUGAAGUCCACGAUAUCAAAAAAUACCCGAGCAAUUCUUUUAAACACUCCUCAUAACCCAACAGGAAAGAUGUUCACUCGAGAGGAACUUGAUGUUAUUGCAUCUCUGUGCAUUGAAAAUGAUGUGUUGGUUUUCUCGGACGAGGUUUACGACAAGUUAGCGUUUGAAAUGGAUCACAUAUCAAUGGCCUCUCUUCCUGGCAUGUAUGAGCGUACUGUGACCAUGAAUUCCCUUGGCAAGACAUUUUCUUUAACAGGUUGGAAGAUUGGAUGGGCCAUAGCACCCCCACAUUUGACAUGGGGAGUGAGGCUAGCACACUCAUACCUCACGUUUGCUACUUCAACCCCAAUGCAGUAUGCUGCGGCUACUGCUCUGAGAGCACCCAAUUCAUAUUAUGAGGAGCUGAAGAAAGAUUACAAGGCGAAAAAGGAUAUUUUGGUUGAAGGACUGAAGGAUGCCGGUUUUAAGGUAUUUCCAUCAAGUGGGACCUACUUUGUGAUAGUAGAUCACACCCCUUUUGGGCAGAAGGAUGAUGUUGCAUUUUGUGAAUAUCUGAUCAAGGAAGUCGGGGUGGUGGCUAUCCCAACAAGUGUUUUCUAUCUGAAUCCUGAAGAGGGCAAGAACCUUGUCAGAUUUACCUUCUGCAAAGAUGAAGACACCUUGAGAGCUGCUGUUCAGCGAAUGAAGGCAAAACUAAAAUGAGAUCUUUGAAAGAAAAUCUCGACUCAGGUUUAUCGUUUUUAUGUUGGUUUUUGAGGGAGGGAGGGGGAGGGGAGUAGGAGGGUGAAAUGAUGUUUGCUGUUAACUUUACAUCGUUAAAAGUUGAAAAGGGAUUAUUAAUUUAUCAGCAUUUGGGUGUAAAGAUAAUGAUGAUUUGACUAUACCAAGUGAGGGAGGACUCUUGAGCACAACUUGGAGAAAAUAAUUAGUACGUAGUAGAAUAAUGUGCCUAAUUAAGUUGUAUAUUUUUUUUCACCAAGGAUCCACGAGACCACGACUUAUGAUCACUAGUGGACUAGUGGUGUACUGGUUUAUGCUUAACUGGUAAUAAGCCAACUGUUAUUUUAUAAUGCAUCAUAAAUAAAAGGUUUAAAAGCCUUUGUGAAGCA